GUAGCGAAAUGCGAAUUAACAAACAGAAGCUGAAAGUGAGCAAAGCGGAUAUUAGGGUUUCGUGUAUCUCCUUAUUUGUUGCCGACCAACGACGAUGAUUUACGACGCGAAUUCGCCGCUUUUCCGAUCCUUCCUCAGCCAGAAGGGAGGUGCAUCUGACAAGAGGAAAACAGAAGAGCAGAAGCCCAAGGAACAGAGGCCGAAAGCAAGUGAAAACAAGCCUGUUAUGAAUGAAUGAGAGCUGCCAGAUGUAAACUUAUUUUAUAAUAUCUGGAGUGUUGUUAAGCAACUAUUUUACAAGAUAUUGAAUAUGUGCUGCAUUUGUCAUUUGAACAGAUGGUAUGUCUUGUAAGAUAUUUUGAUCUUUUACCUCUAUUGGUUUUAAUUUCCUAUCCAAGCUUUUGAUUUUGGGACUAAUGAAUGUCAUUAUCAGUGGUUAAAUGGUGGUUUAACAAAGUUGUUUUAGAUCUUGAGAA